GCCUGGGGCUCUAGAGUCCGGAACCUUUCUGCUGUGCUGUCUGCCCGGACAUGCUGAGGCGGAAACAGGAAGCCCCUUGUCGGUUCCGGGUUUUCUGUGCUACUACGAUGGCGAUGAGUUUCGAGUGGCCGUGGCAGUACCGCUUUCCGCCCUUCUUUACGUUACAGCCGAACGUGGACACUCGGCAGAAGCAGCUGGCCGCCUGGUGCUCUCUGGUUCUGUCCUUCUGCCGCCUGCACAAACAGUCCAGCAUGACGGUGAUGGAAGCCCAGGAGAGCCCGCUCUUCAACAACGCCAAGCUACAGCGAAAACUUCCUGUGGAGUCGAUCCAGAUUGUAUUAGAAGAGCUAAGGAAGAAAGGGAACCUCGAGUGGUUGGAUAAGAAUAAGUCUAGCUUCCUGAUCAUGUGGCGGAGGCCAGAAGAAUGGGGGAAACUCAUUUAUCAAUGGGUUUCCAGGAGCGGCCAGAACAACUCUGUGUUCACCCUGUAUGAACUGACGAGUGGGGAAGACACGGAGGAUGAAGAGUUCCAUGGGCUGGAUGAGGCGACCCUACUACGUGCUCUGCAGGCCCUACAGCAGGAGCACAAGGCUGAGAUUAUCACUGUCGGUGAUGGCCGAGGAGUCAAGUUCUUCUAGCAGAGACCUGUCUCCCUCUGCUUCUUACCUCCCACCUUUCCAGGGCUUUCAGAAGGAGACAGACCAAGUGUUCCACAGACUGGAUCAGUCACUCACCAGACUCAAAGGGCUCAAGUCCUGAAAGCUUGGACUUAGGGAUGUUUCCCACUUAAUCCAUUCUACCUGUCCCUGGGAUCCUGUGAGUCCAUGGUGCCAGGAAGAAAGGAUGCGUUUCUUGCCCUACCUCCUUCCCCAUCCCAGACUGUCCCUGGGCCAGGGUCUAUAAACCUGACACUUCACAUGUGUUCUCACACCUAAGUACACACCCACAUGCGCCUGCACAAGCUUCUGUCUCCUCCCCCCCUCCCACUCCGUUAGCUGCUGCCGCCUCCCCUCUCAGGCUGGUGCUGCAUCCCUCCUAGGGGAUGGGGAAACCCUGGCUGCAGGCAGCCUUCCAGGCAGUAUGGCGAUAGGAAGCCCCAGAAGGGGCCUGGCCGUGAAAAGCAGGCCCACUCUGACUUAGGAUAUUAAAAUCUCUACUCCCA